UUGCCAAAUACUUGCUCAUUUGGUUAUGUAAUUAGAAAUAUAAUUUGCAUAGUGUUUUGAUUGAUAAACCCUUUCCUGUAUAUUCCCUUCUUAGGUAAUGAUACAAUCAUUCACCUGGUCAUCUAAGCUAGAAAUAAGGGAAUCCAGUUAACUUCCUUCCUCUCCCUCCCCUCAACAGACAUAUAAGUGCAUACAGAUCCCUACCCCUGAUUGGCCUUAACUUAUGUUACUUUUCUCUGACCUUUUCUUGAAACAUCCCUGCCUCAAGACAUCUCUGAAAAGCCUUCAUUCAUGAUGUUGAUAAAGAUAAUAAAUAAUAGCAGUUUAUAUAAUGUCUGUUACGUGUCAGGCACUAUUCCAAGGGCUUUACAGAUACUAUCCCAUUUGAUCCUCAAUUAGGUGCUAUAAUUAUCCCAUUUAAUUGCAGAAGAAACAGGCCCAGAGAGGCUAAGUAUAUGCCCAAAGUCACAUAGCUAAGAAGAGAUGGAGCUGGAAUUUGGACCCAGAUAAUCUGACAUCAGAAUUGGGCUCUUAACCACUCUUCAGUUCUACUCAGUCUCACUCAAGCAGCCCCCUUGUCAGCGGAGCUAUAAGGUGAACUGCAGGAAGAUCUCAGCCCUGUACACGUGGGGCAGAGCCAGCAGAGGGGCCAGCGCCGUCGCUCUGUGCAGCCCACGAGAGGAUGUCUCCCAGCCUUCAGGAAGGUGCUCGACUUGGGGAAAGCAAACCCUCACCCUGCUCCUUUUCAAUUGAGAGCAUCUUAGGACUGGACCAGAAGAAAGACUGUGUUCCGUCAGUGAAACCCCACAGGCCUUGGGCAGACACCUGCAGCCCCUCAGGGAAAGAUGGUAACUUGUGUUUACAUGUGCCGAGUCUUCCCAAUGGGGUCACAUUCCCUUGCAUCGUGGAUCACCCAAUGCCAGAAGAAAGAGCUUUGAAAUAUGAAAAUUACUUUUCAGCCUCAGAAAGACUGUCUUUGAAAAGAGAGUUGAGUUGGUAUAGAGGCCGAAGACCCAGAACCGCUUUUACUCAAAACCAGAUUGAAGUGUUGGAAAAUGUCUUUAGAGUAAACUGCUAUCCUGGCAUUGAUAUCAGAGAAGACUUAGCCCGAAAACUGAAUCUAGAGGAAGAUAGAAUCCAGAUUUGGUUCCAAAAUCGGCGUGCGAAGCUGAAAAGGUCCCAUAGAGAAUCACAGUUUAUAAUGGCGAAAAAAAAUUUCAGCACAAACUUCCUGGAAUAGAUCGAAAAUUAAACAUGUGAAAUUAUCUUCUAAUUGCAGAGCAUGACAAAUCAAUGGAGAUAUCAAGUGUUGAAAAUGUGAUUUUUUUCUUUCCUGCAUUUAAUCUGAAUAUUCUCAUUUUUUUCUGAAAAUAUAUUAUAAAUAAUUACUAUUAUAGCAUGGUACAUAUUCUAUUUGGGCACUUUUAGUUACAAUAAAGACUUUUCCUAUAUAUUUUAAUAAACAUUUUCAGAAAAGAUGGCUAUUUUUUAAGUGAGCAAAGUUAAUCUAAUGAAUUAGUUUGCUAAAAUCAAUAAACUCAUGACUAAGUGAUUCUACAAGAUUCCAUCUACAAAGUAUUUGAAGUAAGAUAAUCUGAAGAACAAAGGUGUAAUAUGUUUCAAUUAAGUUCCUCCAACCACAUUUUGAAGCAUGAUUAUGCUUAACUAUAUUGUACAAUAUGGUUUAUUUUUGAAUCUUCAGUUUCUCUUGAUUUAUGGCAUAAAGCAGUGAGAAAUUUCUCAACAUAUAUCAAAACAAAUCCCUAUAGCAUGCUAGUCUCAAGUUUUUUUAAAAGCAAAUUCAUUAUGCAAGUGGAAAUAUAAAAGCAUCAGCUGUUAUAUUUAUACCAUUGGUAUUGCA